UUAUAACCACUUGGUCUCAUGUCAUUUACCUAAGUGGUCGCAAAAUAAGUGACUGCGAUCUUGAUGACAUUUCAUGGAAUUCGUCGAACAAAAUUGAUGGAAAAUGAAAUUAAAACAUGCCGAUAGAAUCAACGUAAUAUAAGCGUGUCAGACAUUAUCGCGAUUCGACAUCUUCAUUUGCUUGUUCUUCUUUUCUUUGCUCAGUUUUCGAUGGAUGUUUGUAACGAGUGUUGAGAAGGUUCAUUUGAGAUAUAUAAUAGAAUGAAUAGUAAAUGUCAGAAUGCUCGUAACUUGUACAAGAAAAAACUUAGGAAAGGAUGUUUAUCAAAAUUUGCGCAAACUAUAAACUCAUUUUUUCGCAAUUAUUGCGAAAAUACAGCACUACAUGGCUUUCGAUACAUCAUUAUAGGCAAAACGACUUUUCAUAAAAUAAUUUGGUUAACGAUCUGUGUGGCAGCAAUUAUCUUUUGCGCAAUAAUGAUGUUACGACUAUCGCUGUACUAUUUGAACAAUCCUACAGUAACGAUAAUUGACACAUCGAAUCCCAUAAAGGAAUUACAUUUUCCAGGUAUCACUAUAUGUAACAACAACAAAGUGUACAAACCUCACGCUGAUAAGAUCGCACAAAAAUUGCUGAUGUAUGGAUUCAAUAGAGACAUGACUAACAAAUUGUUCUCUUCUCUGAUGAAACUGAUACGACCAGACAAAAUUGAGAUCGAUAACGCAACUGCGUCCUGGGCCCUCGACAUUCUUGGUUACACUGUGGAGAAACUUAUGCUCGAGUUGAUGCAACCUUGCGACCUGUUGUUAGUGAGAUGCGGUUGGUUGGGACAACUUUACAAUUGUAGUAAAAUUUUCAAAAUAGUGAAGUCGAAGGAGGGUUUCUGUUGUGGUUUUAAUUAUCAUUCUAUCGAUUACAAUAAUAAAUUAUCUUGGUUAACAAAUUAUACGAGAGCUAUUGACAACAAAGAAACGAAUUCUUCCGAUCUUCUGCCAGGUGUUAACCGCGUUCUGAAUGUACCUGGAACAGGACGUGACAUAGGUUUGGCAGUAGCGUUGAACAUUGAUGCUAAAAAUUAUAAAAGUUCGGUAAGACAAUUUGUAGGUGCCACUAUUUUGAUCCACGAUCCAUUAGAUUAUCCGGAUGUUGGUGCACAAUCUGCGAGUUUGCAACCAGCCCAUGUAAUGUCGAUGACACUUACAGGCACGAAAAUAAAAAGCUCGAAAGAUCUUCAGCAUAUACCUCUAAUUAAAAGGAUGUGCCUGUUUGAUGAUGAGCUACCUGCAGAUAUAAAUUAUACACUAUACGAUGGAGAAAAAUAUAAUUAUCAGACAUGCAUCUCGAAAUGUUUACAGAAGAAAAUUUAUGGCUUUUGUGGAUGUUUGCCCUUUUUUUUUCCUGAUGAUCAUCCGUACGAGCGCACUUGUUAUUUGACGGAUGUGGAUUGCAUUCUGGCUCGUAGGAGAAAUCUGUCGCAGAUACAAUCAUUGCACAUCAACGAUUGCGAUUGUCUUCCACAAUGUAGCGAUGUAAAUUACGAAAUAGUUACUGAAUCGAUACCAAUAAACAACGCGGAAUUUGAUUCUGAAAUAACGCGUGGCUUAAAUCUUAACACUUCGUUUCUGUACGCUUAUUUUCGAGAUGGCACGUAUCUCGAGUACCGGAAGCAAACUAUCUUAGGAUGGGACAACCUUCUCGCUUCUUUCGGAGGAAUCUUUGGACUUUGCCUGGGUGGUUCGGUGAUAAGUUUCGUUGAAUUCUUUUAUUAUUUCAUAAUUGACUUUUUUUCCGUUCGUAAAAAGAAAAAAGCACAACUGGUGGAUGUACCGCCUGCUUCGAAAUUAUUCAUCUCCGUUCCGAUGAAUGUAAAUUUGAAGAAGUACAAUACGUCAACUCUGAAUAAACGUAUUUUCCUCGCAUGGAAUCAGCAACUUCCCAAACGAAUUUGGAAAAAUUCUGAUUAUGAACUCAAGACUUUUGUUGGAUCUCCACCAUAGAGAAGCGUCAAAGCACUGAGUCGUGAUGCCAAAUGAGUUGGCACCUCACCAACAAGGAAUACAAACACGAUGCCAACCAUCAUCACGUUCACUCGUGCCUGAUCCUGAAAAAUAACAAUUUUUUACGAUUGAAUGCAUUCUAUAAUUAACUAUAAUAUGCAUCGGAAUAAUAUAUACGAGAGAAAAAUUCGUAUAUCAUAAAUGUAAAUCGAUAAAAUAUAUGGAUUCACAUCUGUUCAAUGAAUGUGUAACGAUCUAAUUUUGAUGAUGACUAUGACGACAUUUAUGUUUAUAGAUCUUCUUCAAGUGAUGAAUAAAAUUAAGCCUUGUUCACGUUAGUCAAUUUAUUUAAAUUCUAUUUAAUUUGUUAAUUUAUUAAAAUAAAGUUAAUAAAUGAAGACAAAUUA